AUGCAGCUAUCCUUUGCUGUUCUGGCAGCUGUCAGCCAGGCUGCUAUCAUCACAGCCUCGUCCCUCACUCCCCCGGUUCUUCCGUUGAUCGUGCGCACCCCUUAUCUGAGCACCUGGCUAGGUAAUGCCCGCGAUGAACCUUGGCUAAAAUGGCCCAUGUUCUAUACCGGGCAGGAGGUGGGACUCUCGUUGAUGGCCCAUGUCCCGAGCCAGGAUUCAAUUUACCCGCUGUUGGGCAAGCCCCAGGAUUCUCUAGGCUCACAUCAAGGCCACCAAGUGCAGUUUCCUGAGUACAUUGGAACCAAUUAUGACGCUUCCGCAACCAACUUUACCUAUCGUAUUCCCACCAAUGAUUCCACUCCUCUUGAUAUCACAGUCUCUUUUCUCUCCCCUAUCACGCCGACAUCGACUUUGCGACAGUCUAUUCCGGCCUCCUAUAUUACAAUUGACGUUCAUGGCGAGGUAGAAGUCAAUGUAUACAUCGAUGUUGAUGGUCGUUGGGUCAGCGGUAACGCAGACAGUCAAAUAAAAUGGCAGCGGGACGAUGUGGAUGUCAAAAGUCAUAAUAAUGAAAAGUCUACACUGCAAAGAUGGCGAAUUCAAAGAGAAACUGAACUUCUCUUUUCCGAGAUUGCCGAUCGUGCAGAAUGGGGCACCCUCCAUUUCACCGGACCUGCAAAUGCCCGAUACGAGUCCGGCGAGGCCGACAGGGUGAGGAGAGGGUUUGCUAGUACUGGCAUACUUGGCAAUGAAAAUGACGAAAACCACCGAGCUGUUCAUGACCGCACCCCCGUGUUUGCAUUUUCCAAGUCUUUCAACCUCAGUCGCACUGCGAAGUAUACUUCCGAUAGCGUCACAUUCACCAUCGCCUUCAUCCAAGCUCCGGUAGUCCAGUAUGCAUCCGCUAGGGGUCUGACCCAGAUGCGGCCUCUGUGGCAGUCUUGGUUCCCGACAACCGAGGAAUUGUUAAAAUUUCACUACUACGACUAUGCAGCAGCUAGCUCCUUGGCAUCAAACUACUCCCAGCAAUUAGCUGCAGAUGCGUAUCUUUCUGGAGCAGAUGACUAUGUGGACAUCGUUGCCCUCUCAGCGCGGCAGGUGUUGGGAGCGACCACCUUCUCCGGCACUUCGGACAACCCGAUCUUGUUUCUGAAGGAGAUCUCCUCAAAUGGAAACUUCCAAACUAUUGAUGUCAUUUUCCCUGCAUUCCCCUUCUUCCUUUAUACCAACCCGAGAUGGUUAGCAUACUUGCUGGAGCCUCUUAUCGAGCAUAUGCUGAGUGGACAAUACCCUAACACAUACGCAAUGCAUGAUCUAGGUACACAUUUCCCCAAUGCUACUGGUCAUCCUGAUGGUCGUGAUGAAUACAUGCCAGUGGAAGAGUGCGGUAAUAUUUUGAUCAUGGGUCUUGCAAUUGCCAACUCUCUACAAUAUGAAGACGCGGCUGAUGCAGCUUCGAUAUGGUCAGCGCAGGGCUCUGACCCCUCUUCCUUCUCCAGCGAGUCCACCGGAAUUUUCCCUCUUGAUAAUCUCCAGGUUCUUUCUGGAAUUGAGCACCAGGAUGGCAAGUGGGGUGGGGGCAUCACCGGCAAGAAUCUCGCAGAGAAAUGGGUGAAGCGAAGCUACCGUCUAUGGAAGCAAUGGACCGGCUACCUAGUAGAGUUCUCUCUAGAGCCUGCUAACCAGCUUUCCACUGAUGACUUUGCUGGCUGGUUAGCCCUACAGACCAACUUGGCCCUGAAGGGUAUUAUUGGCAUCAAUGCCAUGGGCAAGCUUGCCGAACUGACAGGUCAUGAUGCUGACGCCUCCCACUUCAAGAAAAUUGCCAGCAAGUACAUCGCCAAGUGGGAAGAGUUCGGCAUGUCUCGUGAUGGAUCUCACGCCAAACUAGCUUACGACUGGUACGGCUCCUGGACAAGUCUCUACAAUCUCUACGCAGACGCCCAGCUCUGCUUCCACCUCGAAGGAACGAACCUCUCAUCCAACGAAUCAGCCGGCUUCGUACCACGUCACAUCUACCAGAAGCAAUCAAUCUGGUACCACUACGUGCGUCAGAAAUACGGGUUGCCGCUAGACAGCCGCCACCUCUACACAAAAACAGACUGGGAGUUCUUUUCAAUGGCAGUAACCUCCAAGCCCGUACGCUCGGAAGUCCUCGAGUCCGUCGCGCGCUGGGUCAACGAAACUGUCACUGAUAGACCAUUCACUGACCUCCACCAAACAGAGGGCGAUGGAAACUUCCCGGGACCAAACUUUUUCGCUCGCCCUGUCAUUGGUGGUCACUUUGCCUUUUUGGCCUUGGAGCGCGCUUGUGGAGGGCGUGCAAUGAAAGGUCUGUCCUUCUUGGAUGAUCUUGAUCCGGAGACUUUGCAGGCUUGGGCUGAGAAUGCUCAGGCUGCGGCUAGUAAGUUUGAUGGUCUGUCGGAGAACCACCAUGUUGGUGGAGAGCUGUAG